CGGGUUUUGACUUCUCCCGGCUACCGUCGCGGAGCAUGCGCAAAUAAGCCUGGCGGGACACAAGUGUCAUGGCGCGCUCCAUCUGAAGUCUGUGCAGUUUCCUGACAGAGGCGUGUGGUUUUUCUCUCACUUUGGACAGAUUCAUCUUUCAGGAGGACUUGAGGCCAGUUUCUGAUAAUCAAGAAAAUGCCUUCUGCAUCCUGUGAUGCUCUCCUGGAUGACAUAGAAGACAUCAUGUCACAGGAAGAUCCCAAGCCACAAGACAGACAUUUCUCAAGAAAGCAUGUGUUUCCUAAAGUACGAAAGCGGAAUACCCAAAAAUAUUUGGAAGAGGAGCCCAGGCCACCAAGUGAUAGCACUAUUCCAGGCAUACAGAAAAUUUGGAUUCGAACAUGGGGCUGCUCACAUAAUAAUUCAGAUGGAGAAUACAUGGCUGGACAGCUGGCUGCCUAUGGCUAUAAAAUUACAGAAAAUGCGUCAGAUGCAGAUUUGUGGCUUCUGAACAGCUGUACUGUGAAAAACCCGGCUGAAGACCACUUCCGAAACUCAAUCAAAAAAGCUCAAGAGGAGAAUAAGAAAAUUGUCCUAGCUGGCUGUGUUCCCCAAGCCCAACCUCGGCAGGACUACCUCAAAGGACUGAGUAUCAUCGGGGUUCAGCAGAUUGAUCGUGUGGUAGAAGUUGUGGAGGAAACAAUUAAAGGUCACUCAGUGAGGCUCCUGGGCCAGAAGAAAGACAAUGGGAAGCGGUUGGGGGGAGCAAGACUGGAUUUGCCAAAAAUCAGGAAGAAUCCACUGAUAGAAAUCAUUUCAAUCAACACGGGGUGUCUCAAUGCUUGUACCUACUGCAAAACUAAACACGCCAGAGGAAACCUGGCCAGCUAUCCCAUUGAUGAACUUGUAGAGAGAGCCAAGCAGUCCUUUCAAGAGGGUGUUUGCGAGAUAUGGCUGACCAGCGAAGACACUGGCGCCUACGGCAGAGACAUUGGCACAGAUCUCCCCACACUUCUAUGGAAGCUGGUGGAAGUGAUUCCUGAGGGAGCCAUGCUGAGGCUGGGCAUGACAAACCCACCAUAUAUUUUAGAGCAUCUGGAGGAAAUGGCGAAAAUCCUCAACCACCCCAGAGUCUACGCGUUUCUCCACAUCCCAGUGCAGUCCGCCUCCGACAGCGUGCUCAUGGACAUGAAGAGAGAGUACUGCGUGGCCGACUUCAAAAGAGUUGUGGAUUUUCUCAAGGAGAAGGUUCCUGGAAUAACGAUUGCUACGGAUAUUAUCUGUGGUUUUCCUGGAGAAACCGAUCAGGAUUUUCAAGAAACACUGAAACUUGUUGAAGAGUACAAAUUUCCAAGCCUUUUCAUCAACCAGUUCUAUCCAAGACCCGGAACUCCUGCUGCAAAAGCCGAGCAAGUUCCAGCACACGUGAAAAAGCAAAGGACAAAAGAUCUGUCUCGGGUGUUUCACUCCUACAAUCCAUACGAUCACAAGGUUUUAGUGCCAAAGAACCCUGAAUUCAUGGGGAAAAUGGUUGAAGUGGACAUUUAUGAAUCAGGAAAACACUUUUUGAAAGGACAGCCAGUAUCGAACACCAAAAUCUACACACCGUCCAUCAGCAAGCCCCUGGCCAAGGGAGAAGUCUCGGGUUUAACAAAGGAAUUCAGAAAUCGGUUUGGGAAUCAUCCGAAGCCAACUUCAGACAGCUGUGCUCCAACUCGGCGUGACUCGGCAUAUUCCAGAAUUGGGCUGUGGAUGUCCCAGCAUGACUCCGCAGUGAGAGUAGCUGCAGGCCUGGCUCUCAUUGCUCUUCUUUUUGCAUUUCUGGCCAGAGUCUAUGCUUACAACGUUGGGAUGGAUCAGCUACGGGGAGUUCAGCCUUUUGAGGCCAAGUGAGCCAGGUUUCACCUCCUCCAGAAGUCCAGCAUGGAUAAGAUCACAGGCUCCAGCUGCUUCUUAGCAAGAACAAGCCCCGCGGAUGACGGCAGCAAUUGCUGUUUUGGUGGAUGGAGCAUGCCCGGACAACAAGCCUCCAAGGACCCCCAAGCUCAUUCCUUCCCUCCCCCGCUCUUCUUCAAGGGUGUGCAUACGCGGAGUUCAUCAAGAUAGCGGCUGACCCUGCUACUGAAUUUGGAACGUCUGCCGAGGAAAGCGUUUGGCAUGAAGUUUCUCUUCAGCAGGCCUCCCCGAAGCUGUGACGUGGAAGUGGGGGUGGAUAGAUUUGGGCUGCUCCUGGCUUGGAAGGACACACCUAGCUGGUCAAGAUUAAGCCCUCGAGAGGAGCAGAGGGAGAAAAGGCCACUUGGGAGAAGAUGCUGGGUGGGGUCUUUUGAGAAAAAGAGAGGGAGGAUUUUAAGCUGAAGUGGAGCUGGAGCUCAGAUCUGAGAUCCUGUGGCUCUGGAAGUGGAAGCCUUUUCAAGCAUCUACGUGGGACCUAGUUAGAUAUUCACAAGCCUUGGGUAACUCAUCAGCGGUCAAGCCGAACCCCGGGGCAAUGCCAUUACUUUUACUCCCACUACUUAAAGCCAGUGGUGUGUGGGUAUAAUAAGCCGAGGUAGUUUAAUUUGCAUGCGCAACCUCUAUUUGUACACAACGUACUUUAG